UCCGGGAGUGGCAGGGCUGGGCCGCGGUCGGGUCGCCUCUAGGGUGAAAGAGCACGCCGAUCCCGCGGGAGGGCGGGGCCGCGGCCUUGGCCUUUUGGCGCGUAGGAGACAGCGCGCCAGUCCGGCAGCCGGCCUUGGCGGGCGUUUGCCGCUCUUGUGCGGACGCCACUGCGCGCCCUACGGUGUAUACGGAGACGCAUCGCGCUCCAGGAAGGAGGCGGGCACCGCCGGCUCUAGCACAGUCCGGUAGCUGGACCUCGGGACUCACCGCUCUGCCUGCCCACUGAAAGCCCAUUCGGCGGAAGUCCAGCGUUGUGUGGUUACAGUACUGGGCCCCAGACAUCGUUGCCAAGUAUAAUGCAGGCUCCGUUUUAUCCUGGGGCACUUGUAGUCAGGGUUCGUGGGCCCGCACUUCAUAAUGGAGGGCCGCGGGCCUCGUCUGAACCGUCCAGCCAGUGUGUCCUCAGUCGUCUUGGUUGGGUAUUUGAAGGACCAACCCGAGAUUCUGGGGCACAGGGAGUUACAAGACUUGGGGCCCUGAUGUAAGCCCCAAAUAAAAUGAUUUUGGCCCCUAGGGCCAGAUCCUAGUUUCUAAAAACAGAGCAGCACUUGUAAGGUAGAGGAAGCAUGGCCCACCUGAAUGGGGACCUCUUACCAGAGUUUCACAGCAGCGGAGGACAAGGCUGAGAAAGAGCACGGCCCAGAUUUGCACGGAGAGGGAUCAGUGUCCUUCAGUGAUGUGGCUGUGGGCUUCACCCAGGAGGAGUGGCAGCAUCUGGACCCUGCUCAGAGGACCCUGUACAGAGACGUGAUGCUGGAGAACUACAGCCUUCUCCUCUCAGUGGGGUAUUGCAUUACCAAACCAGAGGUGGUUUGCAAGUUGGAGCAUGAAGAGGUGCUGUGGAUAUUAGAGGAAGAGUCCCCAAGUCAGAGCCACCUGGACUGCUGCAUAGAUGAUGAACUGACGGAGAAGAGACAGGAAAAUCAAGACCAGCAUUUGCAGAAAGUUGAUUUUGUCAACAACAAAACACUGACUAUGGACAGAAAUGGUGUAUUAGGAAAAACAUUUUAUCUUGACACAAACCCCAUUCUAUCAAGAAAAAUACGUGGCAACUGUUACUCAUCUGGAGUGAAUUUGAAUAAUAUUUUGGAAUAAUUAAUUAUUAGUAAUAGAAGCUCCUUUGUAAGGAACCCUGCUGAGUGUAAUGUACAUGGGAAAUUUCUCCUCUGUAUGAAGCGUGAGAAUCCUUAUGCCAGAGGGAAACCUUUGGAAUAUGAUGGAAAUGGGAAAGUCGUCUCUCAGAAUGAGGACUUAUUUAGGCAUCAGUAUAUUCAAAUUCUUAAGCAGUGUUUUGAAUACAAUCAGUGUGGGAAGGCUUUUCAUGAAGAGGCAGCCUGCAGUUCCUAUAAGAGAGUGUGCUCAUGGGAGACCCUGUGAAUAUAAUGAACAUGUGAGAGCCUUUUCUGAUAGACCAAUAUUCAUUGUUCAUCAGAGAACUCACAUAAGGAAGAGUCACUAUGAAUUCAAUGAAUGUGAGAGGAGGUCUGGUGAGAAGCCACCUGUAAAUAAACACCACAGAGUUAUGGAGAUGAAACACUAUGAGUGUAAUGCGAGUGAGAAUAGUUUUGGCAAGAAAUCACUCCUCAUUCUACGAAGUUACAGAGGAGAGAAAACUUUUGACUGUGAUAGAGAUUUGGAAGUACUCUGCAAGAAGCCAAAUUUCACUCAGCAUCAAGAAACACAUAUAGGAAAGAAUGCCUAUAAAAUUAAUCAGUAUGCUAGUAUAUUUUGCCGUAAGCCAAAGCGUUCUGUAUGUCAGAUAACAGAUACAGAAGAAGAACUAUGAAUGUAGUGAAUGUGGGAAAACCUUCAGCCAUAAAUCCUCUUUUAUCCUACAUCAGAGGAUACACAGAGGAGAGAAACCCUAUGAAUACACUGAAUGUGGGAAAACUUUUGGAUAUAGGUCAUGCCUUGCAGUACAUCAAAGAACACACACGGGACAAAACCUAUGAAUGUAAUGAAUGUGGAAAAAACUUCUGUGAGAAGUCAAAUCUUCAUGUACAUCAGAGAACACACACAGGAGAGAAACCCUGUGGAUGUAAUGAAUGUCAGAAAGCCUUUGGUGAUAGGUCAGCUCUAACAGUACAUCAGAGAAUACAUACUGGCGAGAAACCCUGUGAGAGUAAGGAAUGUGGGAAAACUUUCUCCCAGCAGCCAAACUUCAUUAAUCAUCAGUGAACUCACACAGGAGAGAGACCCUUUGAAUGCAAUGAAUGUCAAAAAUCCUCUGUGAAGUCAAAACUUGGAGAACAUCAGAGAAUUCACACAGGGGAGAAACUCUAUGAAUGUAAUGAAUGUGAGAAAAUGUUCUACCACAAGUCAUCUCUCACAGUACAUCAGAGAACCCACACAGGAGAGAAACCCUAUGCAUGUAGUGAAUGUGGGAAAACCUUCUACUAGAAGUCAUCCCUCACAACACAUCAGAGAACACACACAGGGGAGCAACCCUAUGAAUAUAGUGAAACCUUUUACCAGAAUCCCGACUUCACUAAACAUCAGAGAGACAGCAUAGAGGAAACCCUUGUCAACAUCCUGAAGGCUCAGAAACCUUCACCUUCUUGGACUCAUUCCAUAGCAGAAACAACCCAGGUUGGGGUGAGAACACCCAAUAAAGAUGAGAAAUCUUUUGCCUGGAAGUGAUAUUCCAUUGAACAGCAAAUAAUUGGUAUUUUGUCUUCUUUUCUUUUCUUUUGUUGUUGUUAUUUUUUGAGACAGAGUUUCACUCUUAUCGCCCAGGCUGGAGUGCAAUGGCGUGAUCUCGGCUCACCACAACCUCUGUCUCCUGGGUUCAAGCAAUUCUCCUGCCUCAGCCUCCCAAGUAGCUGGGAUUACAGGCAUGCGCCACCAUGCCCAGCUAAUUUUGUAUUUUUAGUAGAGACGGGGUUUCACCAUGUUGAUCAGGCUGCUCUUGAACUCCCCACCUCAGGUGUCCACCCACCUUGGUCUGCCAAAGUUUUGGGAUUACAGCCACCACGCCCAGCCCUUCUUUUUUUUUUUGAAUCAGAAUCUCACUCUGUUGCCCAGGCUGGAGUGCAGUGGCACAAUCUCAAUUCACUGCAACCUCCUCCUCCUGGGUUCAAGUGAUUCUUGUGCCUCAGCCUCCCAAGUAGCUGGGACUACAGGCAUGUGCCACCAUGCUCAGCUAAUUUUUGUAUUUUUUGUAAAGACAGAUUUUCACUAUGUUGACCAGGGUGGUCUGGAACUCCUGACCUCAAGUGAUCUGCCCACCUUGGCCUCCCAAAGUGCUGGGAUUACAGGUGUGAGCCACUAUGCCUGACCAAUAAUUGAUAUUUUAUUUUAUUUUUAUUUAUUAUUUUUUUGAGAUGGAGUCUCACUCUGUUGCCCAGGCUGGAGUGCAGUGGCACGAUCUCAGCUCACUGCAACCUCCGCCUCCCUGCAACCUCCGCCUCCCGGCUUCAAGCGAUUCUUCUGCCUCAGCCUCCUGAGUAGCUGGGAUUACAGGUGUGUGUCACCAGGCCCAGCUAAUUUUUGUAUUUUUAGUAGAGACAGGGUUUCGCCAUGUUGGCCAGGCUGCUUGAACUCCUGACCUCAAGUGAUCCACCUGCUUCGGCCUCCCAAAGUGCUGGGAUUACAGGCAUGAGCCACCGCACCCGGCCUUUAUUCUCACCUUAGAAUCACAAGAUGGUAGUGCAGGAAGAGUAUACAGUAUUUAACUAUUUCUGCUUCAUUUGAAAGAUAAAAUGUAUGGAGCCUGAGAGAAUCAAUGAAUUAUUACAGCUCACUCCUUUGUUACUGAUCAAGAUAAGAAUUUGGUCCAGGCGCGGUGGCUCACACCUGUAAUCCCAGCACUCUGGGAGGCCGAGGCAGGUGGAUCACCUGAGGUCAGGAGUUUGAGACCAGCCUGGCCAACAUGGAGAAACCCUGUCUCUACUAAAAAUACAAAAAAUUAGCCAGGCGUGGUGGCGGGCACCUGUAAUCUCAGCUACUCGAGAGGCUGAGGCAGCAGAAUCGCUUGAACCUGGGAGGUGGAGGUUGCAGUGAGCCAAGAUCAUGCCACUGCAUGCCAGCCUGGGUGACAGAGGGAGACUCUGUUUCAAAAAAAAAAAGUUCCAUGAUUUCUUUAUUCCUUUGCACAGCUGAAACAAGUCUUAUCAAAAGAUUGUGAAACUGUAAUCAAAUUAGAACAAAUAUUAAAAGAAAAUCUUGUA